CCGCCGGCCCCUCGGCCCCCUCGGCCCCUUCAGCGAACGGAAAGCGGGAGCCGCGGAGGGAGGCGACAGAAGCGGCAGCGAGCAGCCUGACAGGCGUUCAGCGGCUCCUGGUGCUGGGUUCGGCCUCCCCACCCCCCUUUUCGCCCCCACCCACCCCCACCCCCCUGAGUCCUGCGCCUUGGCGAGGAGAGACUAAUUGGGCUGAGAAUUUCUGUUGCGCAAUGGGAUCGGACUUAAAACAGCAAUAUCCAGCAGGGGCGAGUAAAGGUGGAGACAAGCCCGGGAUGGUGCCGGAGCAGGAAAAAGAGGAGAAAUUCCAGGUUUUGCACGGAACCGGCCAUUGCAAAUGGUACAAUUGGAGAGUGGGAUUCGGGUUCAUCACCAUGACCAACCGAGAAGGAAGCCCCUUGGAGUCUCUGGUUGAUGUCUUUGUACACCAAACCAAGAUUUACAAGGAAGGAUUUAGAAGCCUAAGAGAAGGAGAACCAGUGGAAUUUACUUUUAAGAAAUCUUCCAAAGGCCUUGAAGCAAUACGGGUAACAGGCCCUGGUGGGAGGCCCUGUUUAGGAAGUGAAAAAGAACCCACAUGGAAGACAGUACUCACAAGAAAUCCAAAGGGAGAUAGAUGCUACAACUGUGGUGUCCUCAACCACCACGCUAAAGAAUGUAGUCUACCUCCGCAGCCAAAGAAGUGCUAUCACUGUCAGAGCAUCAUGCACCUGGUGGCUAACUGCCCCCUUAAAGCAGGCUUGCUGCAGCCCACCAGUUCUCAGGGAAGACACGAAGCUGAGCCCCAGCCUUCCACUUCUGCUUUCCCGAGAGAAGGAGGAGGGAUGCACAGCUACUCCUCUAAAUCCUACUCUCGAGGGGGCAGGGCAGAGAUCUCGAAGCGCUCGGGCAGGUCGCCGCAGGAAGCUUAGGCGAGUAAGUUGUCAGUGUGGCCCGAAGAACCCAGCAGGAAGGGGCCUUCUGUUCAGAAAAGGAAAAAAAAGCAUUUCUCAUCACUUUCCUUUUUGUCCUCUCGGGAUGUCUACCUCAUGCAAGUACAGGGGAAAACUAUUUCAUUCUCAGUAGCUGACCUGGAAAUUUUGACUACUGUGGAGGAAGUGUGAAUUGUGUUUCUUUUCCUAGACAAAUCACUCUGAGCGAAGUCCGUUUGAGCAGGGUGCAUCACGUUUGACCUUCUCUGGGUGCGUGUGUGAGCAUGCACAUGCGUGUGUGUAUGUGUACACAUCUCUAAAUAGCCUCCCCCCCGACCCCCACCAGACCACUCUCCAGCUCCCACCAGACGUUACUGUGAAGCAAUAGGCACAGCAUCCACAAAGCUUUCUGAACCUCCUCCCUACAACCUGUGUCUGAAUGCAUUCAAAAAUAACGACAACAAACAAGGAAAACCCCAAGAAACCUCCCUCAGAAACACAGCUC